AUGGAUGUCCAAUCAGGUUCUAUAUUACUAGGAAAAAUCAACUUUCUGAGACGUAUCACGGACUGUAAGGGGACCUCUCUUAGUCAUUCCACACUCGAUGCUCUGUAUGAAAGCCUUCGAGUGAAAUGGCAGCUGCCAUACGAUGCCUUCUAUCCUUUCGGCGACCAUCGUAGAGCGGGCAUUGAGACUGUUUGGACCUUCGACCUGGACAAUGACAUGCUUCUCUUCAGCAAAAGGGAUUGUGGCGGCCGCCUAGCUCUUCCACUUGUUCGCCAGCGCCCUAUUACGAUUAGUGACUUUGAACCGCUUGAGCCGCCAAGUCAGCCGACUUUAGGCUUAGGAGAUGAUUUUAUGCUUAUGCCGCCUUACUGGGAACCCAAACUCCACGUACUUGAAAGGAACAAAGCCUUUCUCUCCCGUGUACUGAACGAUUUCGGCUAUCAGUGGCGGCACAUCCUUCGGAGUCGAUACAACGACCUCACCUUCCGCAAACUGGCCCGAGACGUCAUCCGAAUAGCAACUCUAGACUUCAAUGUCGUAGAGAUUACGAAACCUCGACACGGCCAAACAUCAGGGCCAAUGGUGUGGAUAGACUCUCUACCGGAAUGGGAUCCUUUUGAUAGUCAUUUUACCCGGGUUGGUCAACUAUGGGUUGCAAUGUCUCAAGAUCUAAAAGGAGGUCUUUCACUGGUUCGGCGUCACAUCUCCACAAAAACUGGAAAUGCACCGAAUUCAUAUCCACAAUCCGCGGACGUUGUGGACACAUACUUGAUUCUAUCGGUAAGGCAUAUUAUCUUAUGCCGCGCCGGUAGAGACAAAGUAGAAUGGACGCAACCAGAGCCCUGCUUCAAUGGGGUAGACAGUCUCUCAGGCCAGGCAUUGGACAUGCUCCUCUCAGCGACUUCUACAAGUCCGUGCCAAACACCAAUCCACAAUCUCCCCACCGAGAUCCAAAACAAAAUCAUCCAAUACACGUCUCAAGGUUCUGUAGAAGCAGCUAGGAUGGGCUGCAUUUUAGGGCUUGGCUUACCCUUUUUAUGGAAAGAUGGUGACUUGCCGCUAGAGAGAGAGGAAGCCCAUAGAAACCGGAGCGAGAUCACUCCAGCCGAGUCGCAACUCUGGUUCGAUGGCUACAUGAGUGGAAUUUCAUACAAAGGAAAUCGACAUCUGGACAUCGGAACAUUCAGCGACUAGGGAUCGUGAUUGAAUUGAGGCAUGCUAGGGCGAGAAUCUGCGCAACUCUUGUGAAUGCCGGCGCAGAGGAUGAACUUGGAGAAGAACAAUAUCUGUUACCAAUAUCCUUG